CUGGAAUUAUUAUGAGCAUUCUUGAGCAGUACAGGCUGUUUACUGGCCAGACAGUAAACCUCAAUAAAUCUGCUAUUUUCUUCAGCAAGAGUACACCACAACAUCUCCAAAACUCUAUCUGCAGGUCCUUGAAUGGAAUCACUCCUCAUAAAUCAACUAGAUACCUCGGCCUACCCUUGA